AUGGCGCCGUUGACUAUUUUCUCGUUUUCUGUACGCGGGGCUGGUACCGAGGAGGCCGGUCGAAGAGCUUUGGCCGUGGUUGCAUCGCCGCUCUUCUGGUCGUAUCUCCAUGGUGUGGCACCACGGGUAAACGUGCUAUCUGCUUGUUUGGGAGCACUGGCUUUGUUGAAUGCCCGGGGGUACCUGGCGGAGAGGCUCGGACACGCGGCUGAUGAAAGCAAGCUUCGUUCUUGCGCACUGCGGCAUCGGCGGUUUUUCUGCGUCAACGAGAUUUUCCGCUCGUCCCUGCGGGAGUGGCCGAGAGUCCAAAGGUCCGCGGCUCUCCUCGUCGUAUCGCGGCGGAAGCACUUUUGGGGCGCCGUCGUCGACGGCCACUUUCUGGUGCUGGAUGGGAGACUGAUGGCGGCCUGCAGGGUGACGGACAGGUGGUGGUUCGAGAAGGCAGGAAUGGCAAAGCCUUUUCUCGAGCUACCGCACACUGGUGGCCAGAGGCAGGUUGUGGGUAGAUUGGGGCACCAACUGCAACUCGUGGGGGUGAGGUCCAGCAAUUUGCGGGAGACUCUAGAGUUGAAAACCCUCGAGGGCACGUUCUUCUGCUUCGAUACCAUCGGUUUUAGGUAACAUGGAAGCCAGCAACUGUGCGUACAGUGGCUGGGUUGCCUCACGCAAUAUUGGUGGUCUGCUGUGUAUAAUAGUCUAUUCGGCGUACCACAUACGGUGUGGUGUUUGGUACCGCGGCAAGCAAGGCAGAGCCAACAGCACAAAUAGAAGCGUCUUUUGCCACACGAUAGGGAUUCAUAUAGUCUAGUCUAUCAUCUGUACGUGGGAGUGCUGUGGGCUCAGGCGAAGAACUACUGUUCACGAUGGCGAAAACUUGAUUACGUGAUGACACAGAAUUCCUCUAAAUUUGCGCCGUUGGGGGGCACGCAGAGGGGGUGAACCUCCCCUCUACGAACCCCCGAAACCACUUGGCUUUUGUGUAUCCACAAAGCUUCGGCACACGGAAGCCGAUAGCUCGGCCAUCAGGAGGUGAUCCCAAACAGGACUUCGAGGUCGUGUGGAUCAGGCAGGAAAAGCAUGCCUCGCAAGAACAGCAACAGGGUGGCGAACGUAAAGAAGAGGGCUCGUCGUCCCAAGGGGCGGCCGCCGGAGCGGGCGUGGGCGCAGACAUUAGCGCAGAUGAAAGCAGCAGCGGCAGCGGCGGCGCGGAGAAAGUCCCUUCGCACUCGGGGAGGCGAAACGUUUGUGCGCCUUCGAAACGGCGGCUUCAGUAACAGCUGCGGGCCCAUCUGCUUGUUGCAACAUGCGAUGAGUGAUAGCCUCCCGAUUGCUACCAUCGAGAGAGCCACCAAUGGCGAGAUCGCGUCUGAGGUACGAGGCGCCCUGCGGUACAUUCGCGACAUCACCGUCGACACCUCGCACGGCCACACCCUGAGUGUGCUCGACCCCGACGAGGAGCGUGAGGUUCACGGGUUCGAAGAUCUGGUGGAUUCCGCAGAGCGCGACAUCCUUUCGAAGCCGAUGUGGGACAAGAUCAUGCGCUGUCCGUACGGCUACUUCGAUGGCAGGGCGAUGAUGAUCGGGGCGGACGCUUUGGGUCUAGAUGGUCUUCUGAUAGUUCGGGUGGACAGCGCUGGAUUUUUGGUGGCGAUGGAUGGGAUGACGACCCCAGUUGCCGAAGCGAAGCAUCUCAGCCACUGCCCUCUGGUUUUGGUGGGCUCAAGAAAAGUCAGCCUCAGCUUGAAUGCCACCCCCACACGCCCAAUCCUCAAAGCACGUUUCAAAAUAGCGAAGGCGUGCUUGUAUGGCGGGCUCGUCACGACCCACUCCGGGCGCCGCCCUUCCUCGCAGAAGGUAUCCACAAAUGUGUCCGUCGUGGCAUCCAUAUGACUGUCUGCGACCAACCUGAGGAGGGUGACAAGGACCAGGAAAAGGCUUGAUUUUAAUAAUGGAGAAACGGCACAUUGAAGAUUUAAAUGACAGGAUCGUCUGCCAAUAAGGGUGGCUGAUGCCCAUGCUGUAGACUUUGUGUGUCCUAUAUAUAUAUAUAUGCUAGUUUUUACGCCAAAAGAUAACAAGGCUUCAACAAGACUUCGUAGUUCCAACAGGCACUUGGAAUACAGUGAUGGGCACCAUGAAGACAAAAAAAAAUAA